AUGGCCGACCAAACGAAUGCCUUUGAGGCCCUGUCAAGCGAUAAUCGCGGGGCUAUCAUAACCCUCACCUCGGUGUCCCUUUUGAUUGUUGCCAUCAUCUUUGUCCUCGCGAAGUUCGGCUCGGCCAUUUAUUUCAAGCAGCGACGGACAGCGGUCAAUACUCCCAUUUGGCUCGCUUUGAUUCUGGCGAUUAUUCAAGUUGUGGUUUUACAGAAGGCGGUUUACCAUGGACUGGGAAGACAUCAGGACCAGUUGAGCGAAGGCGAUAUCCAAGCCUGGAGCAAGUUAGCCUUCACGGCCCAUCUUCUUCUAAUCGUCGUCCUGUCGUUUUCCAAAAUAUCGACAAUUCUACUGGUUUGGAAAUUGACACCAAGCAAGGGUCUGCGCCGCAGUUGCUUAAUCACCGCUGGGAUAGUUGUUGGGUGGUCGAUUUUUGCGUUGCUGAGUAUAGGCUUCCAGUGUGAUUUGCCCGAUGCGUGGCUAUACUCUCCGGAGCGAUGUGUUAGAAAGGGAGCCUUAUUUUACCCGAUUGCUGUGUUCAACAUCCUCACGGAGAUAAUUAUUGUUGUCCAGCCGUUCAUGAUGAUGCGGAACGUCCAGAUGGCCUCACACAGGCGGGUGAAGAUCCUGUGCUCCUUUUCAUCACGAUUAUGGUACCUCAGCACGAACCCCAAGACUUAUGCCAAAUUCCAAAUUAUCAUGUCAAACACUGACCCACCACAGCAUAGGGACAUAGUCAACUGGGAAGCAGUCGGCCAAGCAAUGAUGCUCACAACAGUCGCCAUCGCUUGCGUCCCAACGCUUUACCAUAUCUUUGCCGGCCUUCACUCAGGCCUGACCACCACCCAGAUUCCCGAUGGCAUCGGGCUUGAGCUCCCGCCGACCAAGGCCAGCGGAUAUAUCAAUCAAUCUUCCUCAGGGGUAAGUCAGUCGAAUUCGAAAUCUCAGUCACAAUCGCGAGAACGGAUCAAAAGAAAUGGACGGUCAAUAUUUAAUGGGUGGGGGAGUGAGAUCGGGGUUAUAACUGAGGUUUCCUCGGGCCAGGAUUUGAAUCAAAAUGGCGAGGGUGGUAGGCAGUCUAGCUCGAGUGAAGGGGCGGAGAGUACGCGUCGUUUGACGCAUGAGCUUCAAGGGAAGGCAGCCGUGCUGAGAACGGUGGAUGUGACGGUGGAAAUCGAGGAGCAUUAUCACGAGGACCGCGUUUCAGAGUGA